AACGCCAAGCUCGUAGUAUGCUCAUCAAUCCAUCAAACGCUUUGCCAUCAAAUCAUUUCCUCCGUCCGGCCCCUGCCCUCCGGCUUCCACGGCGUCUUCGUAGGGCUUCUACUUCUUGGCCCCUUAGAGAAGGGCGAGGAGCCAGGGCAUGAGGGCAUAUGUCAGGAGCGGAAGGCUUCCUCAAGGAGCCGGAGGCGCAGCAACUCUACGGCUGAGUCCUGCUGGUUCAGCAGCGAAGAGGAUGAAACAGAGACGCUUCUCCUCCGACUUCUUCCAAAACCACCUCCUGACUAUCCAGGAGCCGCCUUGCGGGAUCAGAGGUCGUCGGGGAGGCGGAAGCCCGCCAAGUCCCGCCGCGGCACCGGCCGCGCUGCCAUCUCGCCGGCGUGGAUGUGCUGUUUCCGGUGGAUUCUGCCGCGUGCGUUCGACGGGAAGGUGAAGGAGAGCUUCGCCGUAGUGAAGCGAUCGAGGGACCCAUACCAUGAUUUUAUGAAACCAAUGAUGGAGAUAAUCAGGGAGAAGGAGAUGGCUGAAGUUACCUGUCACCGGACGUUCGAAGGAAGCUGCUGCUCAGGCCGAAGCAAUGUCGAUGGGGACACGAGACGUUUGGAAGAAGUGCCCGUGGCCAGGCUAAAUUUGCCUCAGUAA